AAGUAACCAAAACACAAUUUUACUCAAACCAUACAAAUAAAACAAAAUGAAGAGCACAUUCCUAGCUUUUCUACUUCUUAUUGCCUUAACUUCACAACCUUUACUUAGUUCAUCACUGGAACAUGUUGUUGACAUAACAGGCAAGAACCUUCGAGCUAAUGCCUAUUACAAUGUUCUUUUAUCCAUGCCCUACACCAAUAGUAGAAGUCCUGAAGGCCUAGGUCUCUCUAACAAUAUUGGUCAACCAUGCCCUCUUGAUGUCAUUGUUGUGAGUAGAUACCAAAGUCUUCCAAUCAGGUUUACACCUCUUAACCUAAAAAAAGGUGUUAUCCGUGUCUCUUCCGACCUAAACAUCAUGUUUCGUUCGAAUUCAAGUUGUCCUUAUCAUACUACGGUGUGGAAGCUUGAUCGAUUUGAUGCUUCUAAGGGAAAAUCGUUUGUUACAACGGAUGGUUUUAUUGGCAACCCGGGUCCACAAAGCAUCAGUAAUUGGUUCAAGAUUGAGAAAUAUGUCGAGGGCUAUAAACUUGUCUAUUGUCCUAUUGUUUGUCCCUCUUGUAAACAUGAGUGCAAAAAUGUUGGGUUGUUUGAGGAUGAAAAUGGGAAUAAACGUUUAGCUCUUAGUGAUGUUCCCUACCAGGUUAAAUUCGUAAAGGUUUAGUCAAAUUAAGCUUGUCUUUAAUCAUGCACACAAGGAAAAAACUAUGAAUAAGUGUAUUUCCUUAAUUUAUGAGGAUUCUCAAGAUAAACU